AUGCUCGCCCGCGUUCCACCGCAUUUUGCUUUUGCGGUCGGAUAUGCUGCUGGGGCAGGGCGCGCAGGGCACGGUGCACGCGCAGCAUCCAGCCAUGAGGGUAUUCGAGCUGCUAGGGCUGGGCGCGCAGGACAGCGUGCUGUACGCGCGGACAUGAAGGCAUUCGAGCUGCUGGGGCUGGGCGCGCAGGACACGGUGCAGUACGCGCGGGUGGGGGAGGUGGGGGGCGACGGCGCGGGGGACAACGACCACGAUCUCGACCCCCUCGACCACGACAGCCACAACCACGUCGCCAGCUCCCCCUUCCCUCUCUUUUUUGCCCUUUCCCUUCCCAACCCCCACUCCCAUCCCCCAUCCUUCCCGCUGCGCGCAGCAUCCCGCCAUGAGGGCAUUCGAGCUGCUGGGACUGAGCGGGCAAGAGUCAGUGCAUGGCGCGCGGGGGAGCCCGCAGCUAGGCGCGUCCGCGCGCGGGAGUCCUCCUCCGCGGAAGCAGCAGCAGCAGCGGGUGCCCGGGGUGGUGUUUAA